ACACGCAAACAGAUCUAGAGAUCGAAGGAUGGCUUGUGUAGCUGUAGCUUCUCUUCUCAGAACAAUAGAGCUUGAGUUCUUGCAAUAUAAGCCUCGUCCACUUGUACUGCACAAUCAUCUCAUCUCUUUCAACAAAGACUUGAUCCAAUCUUUCCACCAAAACCUUGGAUUUCUCAUAAGUCAGCUCGAUGAGGAAAGAAUCAAUAUGGAUGGUGUUGAAGCAGUUAAACACUUGGAAACGAAGCUCAGGGAUUUAGCUUUCAGAGUGGAAGAUGAAAUCGAAUUCCUAGUAGCACACCUUUAUGAUGAAGAGGAAGAGGAAGAGGAAGUCAAAAUAGCAGAUCUCGUUUUGAAAGAGAAAAAACCACAGAGGGACACAGAUGCGGAGAAGACUCAGCCUUGUGUGAAACUUCAUCAAGUUUUUCAAAGUGCAAUGGAACAAAUUGAAGCCAUCAAGGAAGAGUUGCUGAAAAUCAAGGCAGAAGCAGGAAGAAAGACAGCCCAUGAUGUUCUACAAAGGUCUCAACUUCUUUCCUCCCACCAUGCUUCACACUCCAAGGAACAAAUGGUUGGGAAAAAAGACGAUUUUGAGAUAAUCAAGAAGCUGCUAACUGAACUUGGAUCUAAGGAAAAAAAAGUUGUAUCAAUUAUAGGUAUGGGAGGAAUCGGUAAGACAACUUUAGCCAAACAAAUUUAUGAAGAUCCAUCAGUUUCUAUCCACUUUGAUGUGCGAGCCUGGGUUGUCGCAUCACAGCUUCACAAUAAGAGGCAAAUGCUUGUUGGUCUUCUUAAUUCAAUUUCCAAACAAGGCAACCUAGAAAACUCCACUGAUCAUGAUACUGCUUUAAAACUCUACCAAUGUUUAAAGCGUCAAAGGUACAUGGUUGUGGUUGAUGAUGUGUGGAGUCGUGAGGCAUGGGAUGAUGUUAGCAAUUGCUUUCCUGAUGAUGGAAAUGGGAGUCGAGUAUUGUUAACUACUCGCCUCGCAGAGGUGGCAAAUUAUACUAGCUCCAACAAUGACUUUUCUCAUCAUAUGCAAUUAUUGGAUCAAACUGAUAGUUGGAAUUUAUUUUGUGAAAAGGUAUGUAAAUCUCGUGCUGCCAAAUUUGAGAUAAUCGGGAGGCCAAUUGUUGAAAAAUGCAAAGGAUUGCCUCUAGCAAUAAUUGUGGUUGCCGGGCUGUUCUCCAAACUCAACACAUUAAAUGAGUGGGUGAAUAUUGCAAAAGCUCUAGAUUCUUCUACAACAACAACUAUUGCGGCAACAUGUUCAAAAAUACUCUCACUGAGCUACAAUCACUUGCCUCACCACUUAAAGGCAUGUUUUUUAUAUUUAGGAGUUUUUCCAGAAGAUAAAGAGAUCAAUGCUAAUGAGCUUGCAAGGUUAUGGUCCGCCGAAGGUCUUGUAAAGGCAUCCGAGAAUAAAACAUUUGAUGUAGUGGCUGAAAGGCGCAUACAAGAACUAAUGGAUCGAAACCUAAUUCUUGUGAGGAAGUGGAGUUGUUGUGGAAGAAAAAUUAAAGUGUUUAGGGUGCAUGAUUUAUUGCAUGCCUUUUGUGUGAAAGAAGCUCAAAAGGAGAACCUUCUGCGUGUUAUUCCGGGAAAUGGUUUAGAUUUUCCUCAAAGAUGCUUCCGUUGGGUAAGCAUACAAUCAUCAAAUCCUGACGUCUCUACACUAUGUUAUUCCUCAAGAAGUUGUCGGUCCAUAUUAUGUUUUUCAGAAUGCGAAAUCUUAAAUUUGGAACAGUUCAAGCUAUUGAGAGUGUUUUUCUUUAUUAGAAAUCGGAUGUACAAUAAUUUCGUGGAUCUCGUCCAUUUGAGAUAUUUACCUCCAGCGCUUCGUAGUCAUAAUAUUAUGGAACUGUUCAAGGCUUGGAAUCUUCAAACACUAUAUAUUUGUUCAGAUCAUAGGAACUAUUUGGAGUUUCCACAACUGCAAUAUUUUCGUUGCUUAAUUAUUAUGAGACAUCCUCCCAAAUUUGUUCAUCAAAACUUGCAGAGCAUUUCUUGGUUGGAGCCUAAGCAUUGCACAAAAGAAUUCUUUACACAUGUUCCAAACGUAAAGAAGAUACGGAUUAACGGUGAAAUAAGAGAGUGCAAUGAUUGCAUCGAGAACCUUGUCAGUUUACAGCAGCUGGAGAGACUGCAUAUUUAUACUAGUUUAUACGGUGAUACGAGUCCAAACAUGAUCCAGAUUAACAGCCAUAUUGUUCUCUUGAAAAGGCUUAAGAGGUUAAAAUUCGAAUACAAUCAUUUUGAGUGGAACGGAAUUAAUGUUCUUUGCAAGUUGCCUAGGCUGGAGGUGCUCAAGUUAUUAAGUGGUGCCUGUGUAGGCGAACUGUGGGAGCUACAAGAGGAUGACAAAUUCUGCCAUUUAAUUGUUUUAGAAAUUCAUUCAACUGAUCUCAAGGAUUGGAAAGCCCCUGGUGAUCAUUUCCCAAAACUUGAGCACCUCUCCCUUUUUUCAUGCCACAAAUUGAAAGAGAUCCCUAACGGGUUUGCAGAAAUUUCAAGAUUGAAAUCAAUCCAAUUAACAGAUUGUCGUCCUCCUGUGAUUGUUUCAGCCAAGGAAAUCAAGGAAGAACAACAUGAUUAUUUGAAUAAUAUUGUGGAUGUGGUUGCUGAGCCUGAUGAAGAUCAAUAUGAGACUGAUGAAGAUUAAUUUUAUGAAAAUGAGUUUUUCUAGAAGAGCAGAAGGAGGAAAUUUUGAGAAAAAUUGGUAGCUAAGCGCAUUUAUCAUUGUGAAUCAUGAAUUUUGACUUUGCAACAUUGUACUGUGUAGCUUUGAGUUAGAAUUCGUUGCAUCACUCUACUUUAAAGCGAGUUAGACUGGUCCUUUAAUUCUUUGAUAUGCUUUAAAAACGUUUGUUUCUAUUUCAUUCAUAAAGUCAUGUGAUAUGCUUGAAGUUGAUUCAAUAUUUAUAUUGGUGUAAAA